ACUCAGCCAGCACAUCUCUCCCAACUCUCUGCACCAUCAGGAGGCUGUUGCUGCUGCUGGGGGUCACGGUGCUGCUGGCGGGGACGGCGGCUGGGACAUGGCUCCUAGUGAAGCACCUGAAGGAGCCUCGGCCAGACCAGGGCUUCCCCCCGCAGCAGGAGCCAGAUGCGACCGCAGUGUGCGGCGAGGAUGAAGAGGGGGAGCCCGUGGUCCGUGGGGCCCCCAUGUCUUUCAGAAUUAACACGGCAAACUCCCUGCUGGAAGCGCGGGUGGACGCCCGUCCCGGGUGGUUCCUGGUGUGCCACGAGCGCUGGACUCUGUCCCUGGGCACCCAGCUCUGCCGGCAGCUCGGGUCCCUCAGAGUGACCCAUCAGAAAGGAGCGAACCUGACAGAUGUGAAGGUGAACCAGACACAGGAGUUCGUUCAGGUGAGGCCCCACCAUGGAGGCAGCCUGGAAGACAUGUGGAGAGUCAGGAGCAGCUGUGAAUCGGGUCGAAUCGUGGCUCUGAAAUGCUCAGAGUGCGGGCUGCGCCCCAACGCUGCGCGGGUGGUGGGGGGGACAGACGUGGCCCCGGGGCGCUGGCCCUGGCAGGUCAGCAUCUACCACGGCUCCCAGCACCACUGCGGAGGCUCCGUGCUGGCCCGCGACUGGAUCGUCACGGGAGCCUCUGCCUGGCUGGUUUUCGCAGGCGUCAUCGCCCAUGGCUCGAUCAGGCAGGAGGCUGGGUUAUCAGUAAAGAAAAUAAUUUACCACCCGCUUUAUAAUGACAGCAGCCUUGACUACGACAUUGCUCUGAUGAAGCUCCAAGUCCCCCUGAAUUUCUCAGCUGCCGUCCGUGCCGUGUGUCUGCCACCCUCGCACCAGGACCUCUUCCAUGGCGCGCCGUGUUGGGUCUCCGGCUGGGGCUAUACCAGACCAGACCAAGCGCAGGUUACGGACACACUGAAGGAAGCCCUCGUUCCCUUAAUCGGGACCAAGAGGUGCAACAGUUCGUGCAUGUACGCAGGCGAGCUCACUCCCAGGAUGCUGUGUGCUGGUUACCUGCGUGGGGAAAUAGAUGCGUGCCAGGGCGACAGCGGGGGCCCCCUGGUUUGCCAGGACGGGUUUGCCUGGCGCUUGGUUGGCGUCGUGAGCUGGGGCCAGGGCUGCGCCGAGCCCAACCACCCCGGGGUUUACACCAGCGUGGCUCAGCUCCUGCCGUGGAUUUAUCGCAUCACUGAGACCUACUAG